AUGACAUGGGAGAUCAAAGCUGGAGUUAUGGGUAAGACAUCAUUGAUGGCAGCGGAAUACAUUUUAUCACAUUUCCCAAAAGCGAAAGAAGACUUUACACCUGAACAAUGGAUUGAAGAAGGUAACAAACAACGAGAAGAGCUGUUUAGGAAAGUUGAACCUAUGAGAGGUGCAGCAGCUUUAGUGAAAGGUUUGUUUGAUGCUGGAAUCCCAAUCGCUCUAGCUACAGGAUCCACUUAUGAGAAUUUCCAAUAUAAGACUACUCACUUACCUCAUAUAUUCUCAUUGUUCCCUCCUUCGUGUAUAAUAACCGGCGAUUCGAAAUUAGUUAAGCCAGGUAGAGGAAAACCUCAACCUGAUGUUUUCUUAGUUGCUGCUCAAAGUUUAGGACGAGAUGUGGGUACAGCGGAUGAGUGCACUCCUGCACAAAAAGAAGAAAGAUCAAAGGCUAUAGUCUUCGAAGAUGCUAGACCUGGUGUCAUGGCGGGUGUGGCUGCAGGAAUGAAUGUAAUCUGGGUACCUGAUGCAGAAUUAUUAGCAUUAGAUCCUAGUACUACUUAUGGUGCUAAACAAGUAUUGGCACAUUUGGAAGAAUGGAAUCCACAAGAAUGGGGUUUACCACCUCUGGAAGGAUUCAACCAUCACCCCCCUGCGGCAUCUGAAGGUCAAUGA